AAUGACUCAAAUAUAUAUAAAAAAAUAAAUAAAAGUUAAAAUAAAAUAAAUAAAAAUUCCUGAUAAAAUAAAUGAGUAUUUGGGUACAUUUUGUUAACGUAUUGUUGAGUUGUUGGCUUGAUCCCAACAAAACAUUCAGAAUUUGACAUUUCACAGGGAAUUUAUCUUCAGAAAGAAGAAAUCUGUUAAUCCUUUCACAUCUCGACCUCGCUUCACUGCCCAUGUGGGAUUUCUUGUUUGCAUGGAAAGUGAAAUGAACUCUGGGAAAGCGCGUUGAGCCGACGUACGCGGCCUCAUUCCCACGUGUGCAGGGCAGCAUCGCCGUCGCUAGGCGAUGCUCAGUGACAUCAGCGUACCUGUUCUCACCUGGCUGCUCCUUUGAGAUGAGAAAGAGCUCAACAACAUGUGAGAUCAGCUCAAGCCAGCAGUUCGUGGACGUACCUUGAGUUUUAUUCCACUGAAACCCAACAAGCUUUAGGAGAUAUUGAUUUUUUUCUUGUUUUACCUUUGGACUUACAAACAGAGACGGAGCUGUUCUCCGUCUGCUGGAGCAACAUGUCUGUUUUUUUUUUCGUGCUGAGCAGAGAUGCUAAAUAAAAAAGCUGCCGAGUCGGAAGUUCAAUCAACGAGCCCUCGACGGACGGUGAGAUGAUUUGUCAAGGAGCAAAGGACGCGUGGUGAGGAGGCGAUGGCGCUCGGGCACGGCUCCAAGAAGUCGAUCUCAUGUGAUCAGGUGGUCUCAGCUGGUCCUCUGAACCACGGGGUAGAAGUUGGUGACCAAACUGUGGCUCCACCCACCAGGAGGGCUCGGUCCUGUAAGUGUGUGUUGGCCUUCCUCAUCAUCAUCCUCGUCGCCGCAGGAGCCACACUGGCCUGGUACUUCCUGGAGUACAGGGUUUGGGUGUUGGAGCCUCGAGUCCAGCAGCAGUACACGGCCUACCUGUCCAUCCUCAACAGGAACUUCUCUGCCGAUCUGUCCUCUCACAGCAGCCCCGCAUUCAAGAAGGAGGCCAAAGGGGUACGGAUCAUGGUAAAGAAGAUAAUAAUGGGCUCCACUCUUUCUCGGUACUUCAACUAUACCACUGUGUUCGCCUUUGGGGAGGGGAGCCUUGUGGCUCACUUCUGGAUGGUGAUGUCGGUGCCGGGUAGCCAUGUUGGGAGGGUCACACUGGAGGAGGUCACCAGGAGCCUGGAGGAGGGCCUGAGGGGGUAUGGAGGGUCGGGGGAGGGGACGGCCAGCUGCAGCGGAUACCUCCUGCACCUCCCCUCGCUGUCUGUCAGUGAAACCGACUCCAAAGUUAUUGAGCUUUUGAAAGCCUCGUUUGACUGUUACCGCUACCAGAAGGUGGUGUCCAGCAGCCCCUCGGCCCUCCGGGGCCCCGACACGCAGCGCUCCUCCUGCAUGUGGCACCUCCAGGCCGGCCCUGGAUCCCAGCUGGAGCUCCACAUGGAGUGGCUGCUGCCGGAGUGCCGGGACAGGCUGGUGGUGUACGACUCCCUCACCCCCUCCGACUCCCACCUCAUCACUUCUGUGUAUGGCUGCAGCAGACACGAGCGCGUGGUGAACGUCCUGUCUUCAGGCGAGUGGAUGACGGUGGUUUGGAAACAGGGUCUGUACAACUACAAGGACCCCUUCUCUCUGUCUGCACAGGCCUGGGACCGUCAGGACUGUAACUCCACUAUAGAGCUGAAGGCAGUAUCGGGGGUCCAGGGGACGCUGAGGACGCCCUUCUUCCCCAGCUACUACCCCCCCGACACCAACUGUACCUGGAGCUUUACUACACCCGGUGUAGGGAUGGGCUUGUUUCUGGAAUUUGAGGGCUACGAGCUGAGCAGAGCCAGCUACAACCAGGCCUGCACCCAGGGACGGUGGACCAUCCAGAACCGCAGACUGUGUGGCUCCAGAGGCCUGCAGCCGUACAGUGAACGCCUCUUCCUGCUCUCCGCGGUGACCGCCGUCGUCAUGAGGUCGGAGGUGUCGCUCACCGGGCCGGGACUUCAGCUGCGCUACGGAGUCUUCAACCUAUCAGAUCCGUGUCCAGGUCAGUUUCUGUGCUCUGUUAACGGCCUCUGUGUUCCUGCUUGUGAUGGAAUCAAAGACUGUCCCAACGGACUGGACGAGAGGAACUGUGUGUGUGUGGCACAGUACCAGUGUCCAGAGGACAGUCAGUGUGUGGACUACUACAAAGUGUGUGACCAACUCCCAGACUGCCCCGAAGCAACGGACGAGAUGAACUGCACUGAUGGUGUGCAGUGUACAGAUAUGACCUACAUGUGCGCUGAUGGAACGUGUCUGAAGAAGCCGAAUCCAGAGUGUGACUUCGUCAGCGACUGCCCCGACGCCUCCGACGAGAAGCAGUGUGACUGCGGCCUGAGGCAGUUCUCCAGCCGUAUAGUGGGCGGGACCAAUGCCACGGAGGGGGAGUGGCCAUGGCAGGCCAGCCUUCAGGUGCGGGGAACACACAUCUGCGGGGGGGCGUUGAUCUCCAGCCAAUGGGUGGUCUCCGCUGCCCACUGUUUCUAUGACGACCGCCUCUACUCCCCCUCGGUGUGGACCGUCUACCUGGGGAAACUCCUGCUCAACCCCAGCAGCUCCAUCGAAGAGGUGGCGCGAGUCCAGCGGAUCCACCUUCACCAGUACUACGACGACGAGUCCCACGACUACGACCUGGCCCUGCUGAAGCUGGACCGACCCGCCUCCGCGCUGCUGGCCGGACACGCUCGGCCCGCCUGCCUGCCUCCGCCCGCCCACCAGCUGGAGCCGGGCCUGCUCUGCUGGGUCACCGGCUGGGGGGCUCUCCGAGAGAGGGGCAGUGCCAGUAAUGUGCUUCAGAAGGUGGAUGUUCGCCUGGUGAGCGAGGAAGCCUGCGUUCGCUCCUACGGCCACCUGGUCACUCCCAGAAUGCUUUGCGCUGGUUACCGCAGUGGAGACAAGGAUGCCUGUCAGGGGGACUCUGGCGGUCCCUUGGUGUGCCAGGAGCCGUCGGGUCGCUGGUUCCUCGCCGGCGUGGUGAGCUGGGGCAAAGGCUGCGGGCGUCCAGACUACUACGGCGUCUACACUCGCGUCACCCGGCUCACCGACUGGAUCAAACAGGUCAUCGGCAGCCCCUGAGACGGUGGUUCAUCAUCUCUAUCAAUGUCCUCAAAGUCCUGGAGUAGGAAACCACGUGAGGCUGAAAAGUGCUGGAGGAGGAUUCUGAGAUCUCAGCCGAACAGCGAGGUGGUAAAGCGUGAAAGGCUUUAUUCCAAAAACAUAAAGUAGUAGAGCUAACAAUAGAAUCAACCUUAUUUAUGCAGCAUCUUCCAGAACUGAUAUUAUGAAGUGUUUAUCCAGCAUGCAGUAAAAGAAUAUCAUAAAAUAAGUUUAGAAAGAAUAGGACUCAAAUUAAAUAUUUUUUCAGAAGUGAUGAAGAAACCCUCAUAAUGAAAUGUAACGGUUGUUUGACUCGACUGUAAACCAUCAUGAAUACUCUCUUACAGACUGAAUCUCUAUUUUAAAGACAUCGAACGAUAUUAAAGCAUAUUUCUGUUUUGUCAACAAGUUUGCAAUAAAAUGUUUGUUUACA